AUGAAAUUCCUCCCCACGGAGGAACAGUGUGGCAUGUGCGAGAUUCGUAUUGAUGGGAAGGUGCUUGGAGACGACGACCUCAAGGCUCUCCACACAUCUAAAACGUUUACCCGAAUAGACAUUUCCAGCUGCAGUGGCGUCUGUGACGUGCGGCUGCUGGCUGGCUUGAAGCAACUACAGGAACUGCACUUGGGAGUUGAUGGUGAGAUAGAGAACAUCAACUUGCUCAGUCAACUAUCAGAGCUGAGAAAGCUAUCACUGAUCAACACAAACAUACAGGAUAGCGAUGUGCGUUGUCUGGGCCUCAUCCAAAAAUUGGAGGGACUCUCUCUUCGAAGCUGUUCCCGGGUUACAAGCUGUCAGUGUAUCGGUCAACUUCCACUCCUUCGGGUGCUUGAUCUGAGCUUUACCGGCGUCACCGAUGAAGAACUGCUGGGCCUCAGUACGAGUUGCAGUCUUGUGAAGAUUGGACUCUGGGACUGCAGUGACCUUACAGAUGUGUCUCCUCUCGCAUCCAUCGAGACACUGGAAGUGGUGGAUCUGGAUGGGUGUGAAGGUGUGAAGACUGUUGGUGCCCUUGGCAGGCUGCCUGUCCUGCGUGAGCUUGACUUGAGUUGCAGUGUUAUUACAGAUAGGGAGUUGCGGGGUAUCAGUGCGAGUCGCAGCCUUGUGAGGAUCGAGGUCAAAAUCUGGAGGGGACUUCCAGAUGUGUCUCCUCUCGCAUCCAUCAAGACACUGAAAGAGGUCGUUCUCUUCGCGUGUGAAAGUGUGAGCGGUGUUCUUGUUUGUAUCAGGUCACUUAGCAUAGAUGAGUUUCGUGAGGGUAUAUUAAGGAGGAGAUAA